AGAAAGCCCACGUUGGCCGCUGCGGGGAGCGCGGCGUGGAGAGGCGGGAGACCGAAUUCCGGCGCCGCCGCCGCGGCCGCUGCUCGGUGCACUAGCCCCCUACCUUCCCAUCCUUUCUGCCAGCGGGUUUGCUGGGCAGCCGGGCGACCGCCGAACGGAAAGCAAGAUCCUCGCCGCCUCCGCUUGAGGAGGCGUGCGGCGCGCGGAGAUUUUGAGUGGGAGCGACGGUGCUCGAGAGCUCAGGGGCGCGGAGUUCGUGAGCGAGAAGGAAGUUAAACCUCGCGGAACAGACUGGCAUUUCGGGACGCCUUGUCGCCGCAGCCUGGGCCCUGCAACGGGGUAAACUUCAUGGUGGCCCUGCGAUCCGGGGAGGGGCGUGCGCCACGGUGAUGCCGGGCAUCUCCCGCAGCUCGUGAGCGGUCCCGCUCCCCGCUGCCCCGGGUCCCACUCAGUCGCCAGGGAGAGCGCGGGGCAGCGCACGUGUGCGGCCAGCGAGGCCCAGAGUGACCGCGCCGCGACUCGCAGGAGCCAGGGCCGCAGGCUGCAGCGCAGCCCGGACUCGGACGCACCUGGCCUGGACCGCGCGCCUCUAGAGAUCUGCGCGAGGCUGUGAGGCUCCGCUUCCUCCCCUCCAAGCGGUUCUCCUGGUGAUCGCCCCUUCGCCACCUCUCUAGCCUGGGCAACUGGGGGCGCCCCGGACGACCAUGAGAGAUAAGGACUGAGGGCCAGGAAGGGGAAGCGAGCCCGCCGAGAGGUGGCGGGGACUGCUCACGCCAAGGGCCACAGCGGCCGCGCUCCGGCCUCGCUCCGCCGCUCCACGCCUCGCGGGAUCCGCGGGGGCAGCCCGGCCGGGCGGGGAUGCCGGGGCUGGGGCGGAGGGCGCAGUGGCUGUGCUGGUGGUGGGGGCUGCUGUGCAGCUGCUGCGGGCCCCCGCCGCUGCGGCCGCCCUUGCCCGCUGCCGCGGCCGCCGCCGCCGGGGGGCAGCUGCUGGGGGACGGCGGGAGCCCCGGCCGCACGGAGCAGCCGCCGCCGUCGCCGCAGUCCUCCUCGGGCUUCCUGUACCGGCGACUCAAGACGCAGGAGAAGCGGGAGAUGCAGAAAGAGAUCUUGUCGGUGCUGGGGCUCCCGCACCGGCCCCGGCCCCUGCACGGCCUCCAACAGCCGCAGCCCCCGGCGCUCCGGCAGCAGGAGGAGCAGCAGCAGCAGCAGCUGCCUCGCGGAGAGCCCCCUCCCGGGCGACUGAAGUCCGCGCCCCUCUUCAUGCUGGAUCUGUACAACGCCCUGUCCGCCGACAACGACGAGGACGGGGCGUCGGAGGGGGAGAGGCAGCAGUCCUGGCCCCACGAAGCAGCCAGCUCGUCCCAGCGUCGGCAGCCGCCCCCGGGCGCCGCGCACCCGCUCAACCGCAAGAGCCUUCUGGCCCCCGGAUCUGGCAGCGGCGGCGCGUCCCCACUGACCAGCGCGCAGGACAGCGCCUUCCUCAACGACGCGGACAUGGUCAUGAGCUUUGUGAACCUGGUGGAGUACGACAAGGAGUUCUCCCCUCGUCAGCGACACCACAAAGAGUUCAAGUUCAACUUAUCCCAGAUUCCUGAGGGUGAGGCGGUGACGGCUGCAGAAUUCCGCAUCUACAAGGACUGUGUUAUGGGGAGUUUUAAAAACCAAACUUUUCUUAUCAGCAUUUAUCAAGUCUUACAGGAGCAUCAGCACAGAGACCCUGACCUGUUUUUGUUGGACACCCGUGUAGUAUGGGCCUCAGAAGAAGGCUGGCUGGAAUUUGACAUCACGGCCACUAGCAAUCUGUGGGUUGUGACUCCACAGCAUAACAUGGGGCUUCAGCUGAGCGUGGUGACAAGGGAUGGAGUCCACGUUCACCCCCGAGCCGCAGGCCUGGUGGGCAGAGACGGCCCUUACGACAAGCAGCCCUUCAUGGUGGCUUUCUUCAAAGUGAGUGAGGUCCACGUGCGCACCACCAGGUCAGCCUCCAGCCGGCGCCGACAACAGAGUCGUAAUCGCUCUACCCAGUCCCAGGACGUGGCGCGGGUCUCCAGUGCUUCAGAUUACAACAGCAGUGAAUUGAAAACAGCCUGCAGGAAGCAUGAGCUGUAUGUGAGUUUCCAAGACCUGGGAUGGCAGGACUGGAUCAUUGCACCCAAGGGCUAUGCUGCCAAUUACUGUGAUGGAGAAUGCUCCUUCCCACUCAACGCACACAUGAAUGCAACCAACCACGCGAUUGUGCAGACCUUGGUUCACCUUAUGAACCCCGAGUAUGUCCCCAAACCGUGCUGUGCGCCAACUAAGCUAAAUGCCAUCUCGGUUCUUUACUUUGAUGACAACUCCAAUGUCAUUCUGAAAAAAUACAGGAAUAUGGUUGUAAGAGCUUGUGGAUGCCACUAACUCGAAACCAGAUGCUGGGGACACACAUUCUGCCUUGGAUUCCUAGAUUACAUCUGCCUUAAAAAACACGGAAGCACAGUUGGAGGUGGGACGAUGAGACUUUGAAACUAUCUCAUGCCAGUGCCUUAUUACCCAAGAAGAUUUUAAAGGACCUCAUUAAUAAUUUGCUCACUUGGUAAAUGACGUGAGUAGUUGUUGGUCUGUAGCAAGCUGAGUUUGGAUGUCUGUAGCAUAAGGUCUGGUAACUGCAGAAACAUAACCGUGAAGCUCUUCCUACCCUCCUCCCCCAAAAACCCACCAAAAUUAGUUUUAGCUGUAGAUCAAGCUAUUUGGGGUGUUUGUUAGUAAAUAGGGAAAAUAAUCUCAAAGGAGUUAAAUGUAUUCUUGGCUAAAGGGUCAGCUGGUUCAGUACUGUCUAUCAAAGGUAGAUUUUACAGAGAACAGAAAUCGGGGAAGUGGGAGGAACGCCUCUGUGUUCAGGUUUCAUUCCCAGAAGUCCACAGGACGCACAGCCCAGGCCACAGCCAGGGCUCCAUGGGGCGCCUUUGUCUCAGUCAUUGCUGUUGUAUGUUCGUGCUGGAGUUUUGUUGGUGUGAAAAUACACUUAUUUCAGCCAAAACAUACCAUUUCUACACCUCAAUACUCCAUUUGCUGUACUCUUUGCUAGUACCAAAAGUAGACUGAUUAUACUGAGGUGAGGCUACAAGGGGUGUGGUAACCGUGUAACACGUGAAGGCAAUGCUCACCUCUUCUUUACCAGAACGGUUCUUUGACCAGCACAUUAACUUCUGGACUGCCGGCUCUAGUAUCUAUUUCAGUAAAGUGGUUCUCUGCCUUUUUACUAUACAGCAUACCACGCCACAGGGUUAGAACCAACAAAGAAAAUAAAAUGAGGGUGCCCAGCUUAUAAGAAUGGUGUUAGGGGGAUGAGCAUGCUGUUUAUGAACGGAAAUCAUGAUUUCCCUUGUACAAAGUGAGGCUCAGAUUAAAUUUUAGAAUAUUUUCUAAAUGUCUUUUUCACAAUCAUGUACUGGGAAGGCAAUUUCAUACUAAACUGAUUAAAUAAUACAUUUACAAUCUACAACUGUUUGCACUUACAGCUUUUUUUGUAAAUAUAAACUAUAAUUUAUUGCCUAUUUUAUAUCUGUUUUGCUGUAACAUUGAAGGAAAGACCAGACUUUAAAAAAAAAAAGAGUUUAUUUAGAAAGUAUCAUAGUGUAAACAAACAAAUUGUACCACUUUGAUGUUCUUGGAAUACAAGACUCGUGAUGCAAAGCUGAAGCCACUCUUGACAGUUGUGCUUCUCUAGGAGGUUGGGUUUUUUUAAAAAAAGAAUUAUCUGUGAACCAUACGUGAUUAAUAAAGAUUUCCUUUAAGGCA